UACUCAUUUGUGCUACUAAUAUGGUUGAACUUUGAAAUCAGUUUGUAGGUGUGCAAAAUUAUUAAAUCAGUUAAAUCCGAGAGUCUAUUGAAGCUUUUUUAAUUUUCUUAGCAAGAGCAAUAGGCUUAGACUUAAGAGUAUAUAAACUUUUAUACUGAAGUCUUCCGGUGCAGUCGUUCAAAAUGUGUGCAAUAAAAUUUAAGUUUAACAAAUUUGUAACUACAUUAUUUAUUUGCUUAUUUUUAAUUACGAGUAAAGUGCAAAAUUCUCAGCAACUGAGUUGGGCGAAUAUCAAUGAACAAGUAGAUAUGGUUAUACCAACUUUAAUAAAUCAUUUUAAAGAUUUGGAACUUGAGUACUUAAAUUUACCCGAUAUAGACGACGUUAUUGAAUUGGAUCAAAAGAUAUUAUCUGUACCUGCUACAUUAUCUUUAAGGAAUGGAAUUUUACACAGCAUUGAUAAUAUCACUAGAUAUGAUAACGCUUUUAUGACAAGCGCCAAACAUGGUUUCCUUGUCAGAUUUUAUUUAAAAAUAAAUGAAUUAAAAAUUGAUUACGACUUCAGUCUUAGCGUUUUGGGUAUAAAUGUUGAAGGCACAGUCGUUGGUUCGAUGGAAGACGCAAUUAUCUUUACGGACUUAACAUUGAAUAUAGCUCAGCCUCAAUUCAAGUUAAAUGAACUCCGCGUUAUAAAUUAUGGCGACUUGAAUAUACAAUUGAGUGGUGGAAACAUAAUAAGUCGACUUGGUGAUUUGGUGGUACGUCCAUUAACAAAUAUGUUCGCUUCUAGAAUUGUUUCACAAAUAUCGAGUGGACUUAAAGAUCAAGUACAAAAGUUAAUGGAUGAUUUCGUUAAAAACGAUCUUAUGAAUAUAUUCAACUAUUCAAGACAAUUAACCAAAAACUUACCAGGAUAAAAAAUGAGUAUUAAAUGAUAAAAAUUAGCAAUAGUAUUAAAUUAUAUCUAUGUAUAUAU